GAACAAACAAAAGAAACCAAAGCAAAGUUUAGCAGCUGUUGUAGCAUACAGUAAAGCGUACAGUUUGGGUGUAAAACAGGAUUUUUGAGGGACACUGAACAGCUGAGAUUUGGCUCUUCUGUACCCUAGCUUGGAAAAAGAAAUGGACAUGAAGAUGAUAGCACAUUAGCCAAUCAUCAAGAUUUUAGGUUUUUAUUUUUAUGUAGUAAUCUCUUUAAUUUUGGAAACUUUUAAGUGUUUAUUUUAAAAUUGUUUUGAAUUAUGAUGAAGGGCUCCCAUUCUGCUUUGUCAAGCCGGAGGAGGAGCAGCAGCGGGGCGCCCGGGCUCCUGUAUCCGCUGCUCGGUGCGUGUCUCUGGGCUGCGGUGGUCGGGUACAAGCCGGUGAUCAUAGUACACGGUUUGUUCGACAGCUCAGGGGAUUUUAUACAUUUACAGCGGUUCAUUAACGAGUCUCAUCCUGGAACAAAUGUGACAGUCAUCGACUUGUUUGACAGAAGUGCCAGCCUGCAGCCCAUGUGGAAGCAGGUGGAAGGAUUCAAGGCAGCUAUUUACCCAAUAAUGCAAAACGCAGAAGACGGGGUGCACUUUAUCUGCUACUCUCAAGGUGGGCUAGUUUGCAGAGGAAUCCUCUCCACUCUCUCUGACCACAACGUUCAAUCUUUCAUCUCUCUGUCCUCACCUCAGGCCGGGCAAUAUGGAGACACAGACUAUUUGAGAUACCUCUUCCCACAGUUUGUGAAGUCCAACCUCUUCCACCUCUGCUACACGUCAAUAGGUCAGAGGAUCUCCAUCUGCAACUACUGGAAUGACCCCCACCACAGAGACCUGUAUGUGAACAGCAGUGAUUAUUUGGCUCUGCUCAACAGUGAAAGACCCAAUCCAAAUUCAACAGAGUGGAAGAAGAACUUCCUCAAAAUUAAAAAGCUGGUGUUGGUCGGAGGACCUGACGAUGGAGUCAUCACUCCCUGGCAGUCGAGUCAGUUCGGAUUUUUUGACGACAACGAGACUGUCGUUGAGAUGCAGAACCAAGAUUUGUAUUUAAGAGAUGUUUUCGGUCUGAAGACGCUGGCGGCUCGUGGAGAUCUGAUCAUCUGUUCUGUUCCUGGCGUCCAACAUGUGUAUUGGCACUCGAAUGAGACAGUGUUUCACACGUGCAUGGAGAAGUGGCUUGUGUAGAACAAAAUCCAUUUACAGCACACACAGAUGCACACACACACAGAGAUACACAUGCUCCAGUUUUAUAAGCUUUUAACUUCCACCAUGUAUAAAACUCUGUACUACUGUAAAGUAUACUUGCAAACAUUUGUGAGUGUACUCCUAGGGAUUUAAUCGCAUUUUUUGGAUUACAAUUCUUAGAAAUCACUUGGUAAUCAAACAGUGUUGCCAGUGUUAGUUUUUCCUUGUACUUCCUGCUGGUGAAGUUUGUGUUUCUGUUGUACAUUUUGUUUUUUAUCCUCACCCUAGUAACGACUAAGCUACUUCAAAAGAAAUAGUUUAAAAUUUUGGGAAAUAUGCUUGUUAGAUAGAUGUUACUCUCAUGUCUGGACGCUAAAUAUGUAACGUUUAUAGCCAGCAGCCAGUGAGCUUGGCUUAGCAUAAAGACUGGAAGCAAAGGGAAACAACUAGCCUGGUUCUGUCCAAGGGAAACAUCCACCUACUAGCACCUUUUAAAGCACACAUAUUAACAUGUUAUAUGUUGAUGAUUUAAACAGUACAAAAGCUGAAGAGUUAAAGGAGGUUAUGUGCCAGACAAUUUCUUGGCUCAACGCAUUUAAACAGUCUGAAAACUAAAACUCUGCAAGAAAUUGAAUAAGCAUAUUUCCCAGAAUGUUAAUUACUAGUCCUUUUAAUUACUUCUUUUAAACCGUGUUGCUGCUGUCGAACCAGUCCAGCACAUCUCUGUCUGCUGAAGGUACUUUCUCAGAAAAUUAGCACAAGGCACAAACUGUCAGAAGCAACAAAUGAGAAGCCUCCCAUAAACUUGCUAAAUAAAGCAAAUCAGACAUUAAAGGAGCACUCUAGCACUUUAGUAUUGCAUUUCGGUAAAGUAUAGGGACUUGUAAGAGAGAGAUUAAAAGGAGAAAGGUCAAAAAUCAUUGUAGCACAGGUGGAGACAGUCUAACUAGUCCCUAACAACUGAAAUAACUCGUGUGUCGAAAAUUGGUGGCAUGCGCCUUUUAUUUGUAUGAAAGCCAGCCUGCAUACAUACAGUAUAUAUAUAUAUAUAUCCAUGUGUGUGUCUGUGUGUGUUUGGUCACACAUACCUCAAAACCCCACACAACACAACAGUGCCUGAGUGACGUUCUCUCAUCUUGUCUACAUGUAGAAACGCAAUGCCCUGCUCAUCUGAUGAUGCAGUAAUUUAUGUCUUUUUAUUUUUAACCUUUGGGGGUCAUAGUUUCCUCUUUGUUUUUAUAGUGUUUGUUUAGUGUACAUCUGAUAGUGUAUAUCAUGAUUAUUGUCGUUAUCAUGCAGUGCUUUGGAGCUUUAGUAGAUUAAGCCUUAAAGUUUCCCCUCGUGCCUCAAUGUUUAGAACUCAUUAGAACUCUCUUUAGAACUCAUACAAAGUUCUACGACGCACUGCCUUUUUUGUAGGGAUGGUGCUAAAAAUAAUGAUAUGGAGGAGUGGAUGUAGAGUGGCUGGGGAGUGGCAGUGCUAUAUUAGUGUUUACUUGUCCACCUGACUAUUGUACGUGGCGCUCUUAACCUCUCAUCGCAUUUAGAUAUCUCAGGCCUUUGAGCUUUAUUAUUGUCUGUUUGUUGGAAAAGGAAUUAUUGUCUCUUAACUAGUUGCAUUCUAUUGGAUGUUUAUGUAUUUUAAAGAUGUUUCUUUAAAGAAGAAAAGCAAUGGAAAUAUCUUUUGUUUGAUACACAAGAAAUGAAUUUUAAUGGAAAAAAAAACGUAUGCAUUGCACAAUGUUUAACCAGAUAAAGAUAAGGGAAAUGGUAAAGAUGAGGUAAUUUUAACUGUUUUAAAGUAUUAUUUCAAUAUUGUUGCAUCCUUUUGUUUAAUGUAUGCUAGUUGUACAAGUUAACCUUACUAUAUAAACUAUGGAUUUAAGGGAAUGUCCUCUCUGUUCAGUUUUCUUGCUUUAAAAACAGUAUAUGUGGUUAUGGACAUUUUUUGAAAACUUAAAUAGAAAUAACUAUUUUGACUACAAUCCUAAAAUUUCUACAGUUUUUGGUCUGCAAAUGAAAAUGUGUCAAAUGUUAAUAUCUCAAUAAAAAACAGUUUUGAACA